AUGUCCGGCCAGCCUAUCCAUGUGUCGUCGGACUCGCCCAACGAUCACCCACCGCCCACCGUCCUGGAAAACGCGGCGUCGGCGAGCGGUACGACUCCAAUCGCCGAAGAAACACUGGACACGACGCCAGGACCUGUUGUCCCAGAGAUUGACGAAAGGCCCAAGUGCAACUGCCCUAUUACAGGCCGGAACCUCGUUGUAUGCAUCGACGGAACUGCGAACCAAUUUGGCAUGAAGAACACGAAUGUGGUAGAGCUGUACAGUCGCCUCGUCGAAGACGCGGGGCAACUCGCGUACUACGACAGUGGGAUUGGCACGUACGUCGAUGACCGCUGCUCCAUGCGUUACGUGGCCCAAGUCAUCGAUCACACCGUUGAUAUGGCCAUUGCAUGGAACUACAAAGAGAAUGUCCUCAAGGCGUACGAAUGGCUGGUAGAAAACUAUCAGACGGACGACCAUAUUUUCCUGUUCGGGUUCUCUCGCGGGGCUCAUCAAGUUCGCGUUAUAGCGGGGAUGAUAGAAAAGGUUGGCCUCCUCAGGAAGGGAAACAAUAGGCAGAUACGCCUUGCACACGAUCUCUACGAAUCUUCCACCGCCCAUGAGAAGAGACGGUUCGAUGAGUCUGGCACGCCGAUGCAACAAGACUUCGAACACAAGACCACAUGGCAGGGAUCGAUCCAGGAAAAAACAUUCCUUAAACACAUCCCCGCCGCCGUAUUCUGGCUUACGACCUUCCUCAUCUUCACGCCGUCACUCGCUGCCCUGCUUCCCUACUCCGUCCUCUCUCUCCUCCCAUCAUCUCUCCUCGCAAAUCUCAACCUCCUCGGGUUGAUCUUCGUGAUCCUUGCGCUCCUCUGCUAUCCCAUAAGAAAGACGAUGCGUGGGGAUGUCUGCAAACACUUCAAGUCGACGUUAUCGCGCGAAAAUGUAAAGGUUCACUUCGUCGGUGCAUGGGAUACCAUAUCAUCCGUCGGCAUUACUAGGAGUCCUACCCCACCCGAAACGACCUCUGGUAUGGCGCAUGUCUGUGCUUUCAGGCAUGCGCUAGCGCUCGAUGAACUACGGGUCAAGUUCCUACCCGAAUACGCCAAUGGAGGAGCUGGUCCGGUGGACGCCGAGGGCGACGUCAAAGAGGUGUGGUUUGCUGGAUCUCACUCAGAUAUCGGGGGAGGGAACGUACCGAACCUCGAAAGUGACCGUCUCGGACCAGCGCUGCGCUGGAUGAUGUACGAAGCCUCGCUGUGGGGGCUUCGGAUGAAAGCCGAUGGAGGCAACUGGUACCCAUCACGACCCACCAAAUCGAUGAACUGGUUCUGGUGGUUCCUCGCUUGCCUGCCAAUCAAGCGUCUAUCGCCGCCUCACUUUGCGGCACCUCGGCAGGUAAAGGAGGGACAGCUCAUUCAUGAGUCUGUCGCCGAUGUCGGCGAGGAUUACGUACCCAGUGCUCGGCUCCCGCCUACUCUCUCUUUAGGCUGGAAUUUUGCCGAGCUGAAGUCCAAAGGGAAGAUUGAAGAAGACUGUUCCGUUAUCAUCAGUGCUCUUCAAGAAAAGCGUGAUCUCACUGAGAGGCAAAUUCAGCGGCUGACGGAGCUGUCGUUGUCAGGCAAGUAA